AUCAUCGGAGCAUGCGCAGUCCGUCUUGCCUGGCAGCGACGAGGAGAGCGCGUUAUAUACGUAUAAGUCUAAAUAUGUUCGCCGAGUGACGGGAUCUGCCGAGAACAAAUCAACAGAACACUUCAGUGGAUUUUACCUGAAUUCUCGUCAACAUGAUGCACAGAGAAAAAUACGACAUACAACCGGAACAAAGCGUUGCUCCGGUUCCACAGACGUCAUUGUCGGAGAAGUUCGCAUCUUUUUACGGAAAUCUCCGAACGUCGUUACUUGGAAAUAACUUGGCUGGACGCAGAGCGACAGACCAAGAGAACCCGUUUGCAGAGGAUGCGCAGUUGACAGGCUUCAAAAAGGAGAAAGAAGAGGGUCAACUGAAGCCGAAGACCAUCGACUUGGAGAAGAGUGUCAACCGAGUAGCGCACAGAACCAGUGAUUAUGAGAUCCCGAAUCUCAUCAUCAGGCGUGGGCAAGAAUUUCAAGUCAAAAUAUAUUUCGAGAGGAACUACAUUGCCCCCGAGGAUCAGAUUGUGCUCAAGUUUGUCACAGGUAGUCGCCCACAGCAGAGUAAAGGUAGCGUGGUGGCCGUUCAAAAAGUGGACAAGGUCAAGGAAAAUGCGUGGGGUUUCCAGAUUCUGUCGGUGGAGGAAAAAGCGUUGGUGCUGAAGGUGUCGUCUGAUGCUGACGCCAUUGUGGGUCGGUAUCAGCUGUUUGUGGACACUGUGCACACGUCGAGCCAAGGAAACGUGGAGAAGUUCCGAUACAAGCAUCCAGACGACAUAUACAUUCUGUUCAACCCUUGGUGUGAUGCGGACAGCGUGUUUCUGCCAGACGAGACUCAACGUCAGGAGCACGUGCUCCGGGAAACUGGUCGGAUCUGGUUGGGGACAGUUGGCAAGUACUGCGUCAGACCGUGGAACUUCGGCCAGUUUGAUGACGUAUGUCUCAUCGCCGCCCUAGCCUUGAUGGAGAAAUCGGAACUGGGCGACCAGGCCAGAAAUAACCCGUUACUCAUUGUCAGGGCUAUGUGUAAAGUGAUCAACAACAACGAGCGUGACGGCGGCGUGCUGAAUGGCAACUGGUCUGGAAAGUACGACGACGGCGUGGCUCCAUACGCAUGGAACGGAAGUGCAGCCAUCUUGGAAGAGUUCCUCAAGAAAAGGAAGGGUGUUAAGUAUGGACAGUGCUGGACAUUCGCUGCCGUGGAGACAACGCUAUUAAGAGCUCUUGGCAUUCCUGUUCGAUGUGUGUCGUGUUUCCGCUCUGCGCAUGACAGUGAUUUCAGCAGCACCGUCAACUUCCAUUGGACACCAGAAGGCAGACCCCGGAAAACAAUGAACGACGCCAUCUGGGACUUCCAUGUCUGGAACGAGGCCUGGUUCAAGCGUCCUGAUCUUCCAUCUGGCCACGAUGGCUGGCAAGCGUUUGACCCUACCCCUCAAGAGUGCAAUGAAGGCGUGUUUACUUGUGGGCCGGCGUCGGUGAAGGCAAUCAAAGACGGAGAUGUGUAUCUAGGUUAUGAUGCCAAGUUCAUCUUCGCCGAGGUGAACGGCGACCGGCUUCACUGGACCGUUGACAGUGACGGCAACAUGAGCGCCUUCAAAGCGGACAGCAACAUCGUUGGCAGAUGUAUCAGUACCAAGGCUGCCGGGACAAUCUCUAGAGAAGAUAUCACCGAUUCCUACAAACAUGCUGAUGGAAGUCGAGAUCAGAAAGAGGCUAUAGUUCGGGCUCAGGGGAUGUGUUUCCGGAAGCCAAUCACUCCCCCGACCACCAAAGAGGACAUGGAAUUCAUCUUCAUGGGGGAAUCUCUGAAGUCAGGGGAGAUAACUGCUACACUCAAAGUGAAGAACGAUUCCAGGGAAAGCAGGGUCAUUGACGUCUACAUCGCCGCCGUUGCCGCGUACUACACCGGCGUGUCGGCCGUUGAUCUCAAGGAGACGUCACCCACCAUAGUUAUUGAACCAUCAGGGGAGAGCGCUGUAUGCCUCAAGUUGAACCCAACCGAGUACAUCAACAGCUGUGACACCGACUCCCACGUCAACGUGUACGCCUGCGGUAUUGUCAAGGAAACGGGGCAGAAGUUUGCUACCCGAGAAGUCUUCUGGGUUGACAAGCCUCUUCUAGAGGUCAAGACGGAGGGACAUGCCCAGCUGGGGAAGCCGUUUGACGUCGUCGUGAAGAUCGCCAACACGCUGUCACUUCCCCUGACGGGCGGCGUCAUCAACAUUGAAGGGCCCGGGAUGCCACGAAUAUCCGGCAUCAAAAUAAAGAAGAAUAUCGCCCCUGGUGAAGAACACAGGGAAACUAUUAAAAUGUCGUCUGCUAGACGACUCGGCCGGAAAGAGAUUAUCGCCAACUUCUACAGCAAACAAAUAUGUGACGUCACUGGCGUAGGGGAGAUCGAGAUCGAGGCUGACUCACAAUAAAGAAUGGAAUAAAUGUCCCUUCGUUACUGAACUUUGAAUUAAACUUUUCUAAGUCUCUGGGGCCUGUAUAUUUCAUCAUACACAUCCCGUGAACAUAGUUCACAAAAAGGCAAAUAUACUACUGCAAAUCAUGGGAUGUGGUAUCUACAUGGGCGGUGUUUGUAGGGAUUUGGUUUAAGUGAUAGACGAAGAAAAUAUAAUCUCUCGAUCUUCAGGAAUUUGUGCUAAAUCUCAAACUGCUUCUUUCUAUUGGUAUUUAUGAUGAGUUAUCAAUACAAGGGAGACAACCCGGAUCUAAGCACUAUUCGGUCAACAUUUUUACUAGAGCUUGCGGAAUCAGCGUGACCGUCAAUUAAGAAAGCAGUCUGGCGUCAGUUGAAAUCAAUGUAUAUGUUAAAAUGUUUUUAUUUGAUUGCUAUAACCAGAGACACGGUCUCUGCUAUCAGGGGCGUAGUGAACGGUUUUCAGAGCAGGGGCUAAUUUAUGAAAAGUAUUGAAAAUCAAAAUGAAAUUGUAAUUAUGGUAAGGUAGAUAUGGUUUCGUCUUGAAAGUGUAUGGUGUGGGUGGGGGGAAGCCCCUCUGUUCCUACGCCCUGGCUAUAACAGUGUUUUCAUAAUUUCUCUUAAGCAUAAACAACUCUUUAUAAACAAUCCAGACUACCAGUUGUCACGCUUUGAUUUUUGUAGAUGUCACGGUGGCUGACUGAGCUAGAUCGCUGAAUGGCGAUUAGGUGGCUCACUCUUACAGUGUGGGUUCGAAUCCCAAAAGUACUAGAAUGUGUACUUUACUGAUAAAGUGUAAUCCCAAAUAUGAUAUAUGUUAGGUCUUACGUUCGACGAAUCAUAAGAUGGGAUCUGGCAGUAAUUACAGUAACGUGUAAUGCUUCAAUUUCAUGGCGUUAAUUGGGCUCUUUUUUCAGUCUACCGCAAAUAUAUUUCAUAGCUUGCCUCAUGUCGCAUUCAUGUUUAUUUUUUAUCGUUUGCCCAUAAUUAUUUUAUUAAAUUUUAUUCAGUUACAAUAACUUCAAACGAGCCUUAGGUUGUAACCAAAACACUAGUCAGCGUGCUUUUGUACUCGUUUUUCAUCGUAUUCCGUUAUAUUUUAAUAAUUAAAUAAUUCCACACAAUAGAGGAAGAGAAUUAGCACGCACAUUCAUCCUAUCCAAGUAAGGUUUAUUUAUACUAUCUUAUGUAAUUGGUCUAAGGGGUGUUCACAAUGGUGACUUGAGAAGCAGUGGCAUAUUGUUUUCUUUUCUAAUAAAAGCUAUGCAAUGACUGUUGUUAUACCCUGUUGUUUAUGCAUAAUUUCACAGAGGGGUAGGGUUUCUUAAAAACUAUUUCCUUACGUAUAUGUAUGUUGUUUGUUUCUGUUGAUGUCUGUCUAUCAGUUAUGAACUAAGCCAGUAUGUAAGAGAUGUGUAUGUGAAGUACGUCCGUACACUAGUGUAUUAGUACGACGUUUUAGAAACACCAUGUCGACGUUAUAGAAACACCAUGUCGACGUUAUAGAAACACCAUGUCGACGUUUUAGAAACACCAUGUCGACGUUUUAGAAACACCAUGUCGACGUUAUAGAAACACCAUGUCGACGUUUUAGAAACACCAUGUCGACGUUAUAGAAACACCAUGUCGAAGUUUUAGAAACACCAUGUCGACGUUUUAGAAACACCAUGUCGAAGUUUUAGAAACACCAUGUCGACGUUUUAGAAACACCAUGUCGACGUUUUAGAAACACCAUGUCGACGUUAUAGAACCACCAUGUCGACGUUUUAGAAACACCAUGUCGACGUUUUAGAAACACCAUGUCGACGUUUUAGAAACACCAUGUCGACGUUUUAGAAACACCAUGUCGACGUUUUAGAAACACCAUGUCGACGUUUUAGAAACACCAUGUCGACGUUUUAGAAACACCAUGUCGACGUUUUAGAACCACCAUGUACCUUCAGAUGUAAAACUCUACUUGUAUGCAUGGCUGUUGGUUUCUUCGUCUGUCGGUCUACCCACAGCAGACCGAGUGUAACAUCAGUUUUGUUAAAUGAAAUGUUUUACAAAGUAGAGAAGAAACUGUUUUGUCGAGUGUUGUGUGUGUCUUGUCCAUAUUUCCGAUUAUGUCAUGUUCAUUUAUACAUUAUGUUAUAUACAACCAAAAAUACAUAGAUGAAAAUGCAUAAUCAUGAAUAAAUUUGUUAAAAGGG